GGAUGAACAGUUUUCUGGAGUGAACCAAAACAUUCGGAAAAAUACUCGCAGGUCGGAACGUUGAUUACUCCUAAAAUUGCGCGAAAAGUGCGUAGAAACGCUUGAUUAUUGGUUCCAUCGCGUUCCGGAAAUGGCGAUUAACCUGGAGAUACGGUUGAGACGACCGAACAAAAUCUACUACGAAGGGGAAACAAUCAGCGGUGUGGUUCACAUCUCAUCUCCAACAGAAAUAAAACACGAUGGAAUUACUUUAUGCAUGGAAGGUCAAGUGAACUUGACGAUCAGCAAUAAAAAUGUCGGUAUUUUCGAAGCUAUGUAUAACUCGGUUAAGCCGAUCACCCUUCUCAAUCAAUUUACUGACCUAGCUCCGUCUGGCAAACUACCUUCCGGAACCACAGAAGUUCCCUUCGAAUUGCCCUUGAUUUGCACAAAAGAGCCGAAGGUCCUGUACGAAACCUAUCACGGAGUGUUCGUUAAUGUCACCUACCUACUGAAAGCCGAAAUAAAGCGUAGUUUCCUGGCAAAGAGCGUAGCCAAAGCUCAACAAUUCAUCAUCCAGUACCGGCCCAGUCAACCGCCGGAGAAGAAAACCGAGGUCAACUUCUCGAUCAGCCCGGAAACGCUGCAGAAAACGGCCAAAGAACGUAUCUCGAUUCCGCGCUUCCUCAUAACGGGGUUGCUGGAUUCGACGGAAACUUGCGUGACGAAACCGUUUACGGGCAGUUUGACCAUUCACCACACGGAAGUGCCGAUCAAGUCGAUCGAGAUUCAGUUGGUCCGCGUGGAGACCUGUGGCUGCGCGGAGGGUUACGCGCGCGAUGCCACCGAAAUCCAGAACAUUCAGAUUGCCGACGGGAACGUGUGCCCCAAGGUGCAGAUUCCGAUCUAUAUGACGUUUCCGCGGCUGUUUACGUGCCCGACGUUGAUCACGAAGAAUUUUAAGAUCGAGUUCGAGGUGAAUCUCGUUGUGGUCUUCGGAGAUGACUAUUUGGUAACGGAAAACUUCCAAAUCGUGCUGAACAGAACUGCCUGACCCGUAUAAAUGAAGUGAUAUAUGU